UGCAAUGUUGUCUGACCCCAACACACUUCCUGGUUCAACAGCGUGUGCACACGUUGAAAUGUCAUCGUGAACACUAAACAAUCCGCAAAAUUAGCUACAUCUGUUAUAGGAUUCGGGUCGUUAUUUCAAGCAGUUCUUCUGACUUUUUUCCGUCAAUCGGAGGACGCACAGAGAUCAUGAAAGUUUUCAUAACAAGACGCAUCCCACAGGAGGGAAUGAAGAUUCUGUCACAGGCUGGAGUAUGUAAAGUGUCACUGUGGGACUCUGAUGAGCCUGUUCCGAGGGCGGAGCUUCUGAAGGGCGUGGAGGGGGCCCAUGGGCUGCUGUGCCUCCUGUCGGACAAGAUCGACACAGAGGUUCUGGACGCAGCAGGUCCAAACUUGAAGGUUAUAAGUACCUUGUCUGUCGGAUUUGACCACAUGGCCAUGGAUGAGAUCAAGAAACGAGGGGUGCGUGUGGGCUACACUCCAGACGUCCUGACUGAUGCCACGGCGGAGCUGACCGUCGCCCUGCUCCUGGCUACAGCUCGGCGGCUACCAGAGGGCGUGGUGGAGGUUAAGAAUGGAGGCUGGAGCACCUGGAAACCUCUGUGGUUGUGUGGUUAUGGUCUGUCAGGCAGCACUGUCGGUGUCAUUGGACUGGGACGCAUAGGUAUGGCCAUUGCCAGGAGGCUGAAACCGUUUGGAGUGAAGAGGCUCCUGUACUUUGGAAGAACUGCCAAAUCCUAUGCUGCUGAGGUGGAGGGAGAAUACGUGCCCUUGGACACGCUGGUGUCUGAGAGUGAUUUUGUCGUGGUGUCCUGCGCCCUCACACCAGAGACCCAAGGCCUGUGUAACAAGGACUUCUUCAGCAAGAUGAAGAACACCGCUGUCUUCAUCAACACCAGCAGGGGUGCAGUGGUGAAUCAGGAGGAUCUGUACCAGGCUCUGUCCAGUGGUCAGAUAGCUUGUGCUGGGCUGGACGUCACAACCCCAGAACCACUCCCCACCGACCACCCCCUCCUCACCCUCAAAAACUGUGUGGUCUUGCCCCACAUUGGCAGUGCUACCUACUCCACACGUGGCAUCAUGGCAGAGCUGUCCGCAAACAAUCUGCUGGCAGGCCUACAGGGCACAGACAUGCCCAGCGAACUCAAAUUCUAGUGCUGCUCUACAACUUCUCAAUUCUGCCUCGGUCCUCCUGUUAGAAUGAUUAUUUUAUCAACCAAUCAGUAGUCAUUACCAGGGAAGGUAAAAGCCGUAAGUGACCAGGAAGGAAUCUGUGUUAAGAUUAUUGCUGUUCUAUUAAAGGAAAGAUUCACCCAUUUUGAAUGUUAUAUCAUUUUUGUGCAUCUCUGAGCGAUGUUCUAUCGAUUCCUGGGGAUUUUCAUGUGUUUUCAUGUGUAUCUGAGCUAUUCGCUGUUCAAACAUGCAGAAAUACAGCCAGUAUGCCAUGUUUUGCAUCAUAGAAAUACAGCGGGUAUGCCGUCUUUAGUGUCAUAGAAAUACAGCGGGUAUGCCGUCUUUAGUGUCAUAGAAAUACAGCGGGUAUGACGUCUUUAGUGUCAUAGAAAUACAGCCGGUAUGACGUCUUUUGUGUCAUAGAAAUACAGCGGGUAUGACGUCUUUAGUGUCAUAGAAAUACAGCCGGUAUGACGUCUUUAGUGUCAUGGAAAUACAGCGGGUAUGCCGUCUUUAGUGUCAUAGAAAUACAGCCGGUAUGACGUCUUCAGUGUCAUGGAAAUACAGCGGGUAUGCCGUCUUUUGUGUCAUAGAAAUACAGCGGGUAUGACGUCUUUAGUGUCAUAGAAAUACAGCCGGUAUGACGUAAAAUUCGUCCUUUCAGCUGUAUUUAUGCCUGCUUGAAUGGCAAAUAGAUGCACAAAAACUGGGUGAAUGUUUCCUUUAACAUGGUCUCCCAACAUGAAGGUAAACUUCUGCCUCUUGCUCUUACUGUUUUAAAAGAAAUAACUAACUUGUAAAAUGUUACCUGAAAGAGGAAGUGUAUAGUAGUAACGUUUUGAGAACAUGCCUCAGUAUACUUAACAGUACUCCUAAGGGUCAGCCAUGACUUCCUUUUAAGGACGUAGAAAAGCACUACAAUGUCUCUGCACACAAUUCAUCACUGGCCUUCUUGUUCUUAUGAAACACUUGAUCGAAUUGUGUAAAACAGUAGUUGUAAUGUUUUCUAUUGUUCUCAUGACAGUUUUGUGUUAACAUAUUGAGAUAUGGAUCGCCAUUGUCUAUUUGUGCAUAAUUCUAAGAAACACUAUCUCUAAUUAAUCUAUGGUAGAACACCUCGCCUGUAAUCAUUGUUUGUUUCAAACCAGCUGAUCACUCCCUCCCUCUAUCAUGGUCUGUCAUUCUGGCUUUGUUGAAUAAAGUAGAAAUGUUGUACAGUA